AUGUGUGUGUGUGUCUGGAUACUCCAAAAUAGAGAUGCUACUCUGCUGCUGUUCAAAGACCCCCACAGACCACUGGACCACCACACGACCACCACAGACCACAGGACCACCACAGACCACAGGACCACCACAGACCACAGGACCACCACACGACCACCACAGACCACAGGACCACCACACAACCACCACAGACCACAGGACCACAGGACCACCACACGACCACCACACGACCACCACAGACCACAGGACCACCACAGACCACUGGACCACCACUGGACCACCACAGACCACAGGACCACCACACGACCACCACAGACCACAGACCACAGGACCACCACAGACCACAGGACCACCACACGACCACCACAGGACCACCACAGACCACAGACCACAGGACCACCACAGACCACAGGACCAGAGGACCACCGGAGCACAGGACCACAGGAACAUCACAGGACCACAGGAACAUCACAGGACCACAGGAACAUCACAGGACCACAGGAACAUCACUGGACCACAGGAACAUCACAGAACCACAGGAACAUCACAGAACCACAGGAACAUCACAGGACCACAGGAACAUCACAGGACCACAGGACCAUAGGAACAUCACAGGACCACAUGACCACAGGAACAUCACAGGACCACAGGAACAUCACAAGGCCACAGGCACAUCACAGGACCACAGGACCACAGGAACAUCACUGGACCACAGGAACAUCACAGAACCACAGGAACAUCACUGGACCACAGGAACAUCACAGAACCACAGGAACAUCACAGGGCCACAGGCACAUCACAGGACCACAGGACCAUAGGAACAUCACAGGACCACAGGCACAUCACAGGACCACAGGAACAUCACAGGACCACAUGACCACAGGAACAUCACAGGAGCACAGGAACAUCACAGGACCAUCACAGGACCAUAGGAACAUCAGAGGACCACAGGAACAUCACAGGACCACAGGCACAUCACAGAACCACAGGACCACAGGACCACAGAACCACAGGAACAUCACAGGACCACAGGACCACAGAACCACAGGAACAUCACAGGACCACAGGACCACAGAACCUCAGGACCACAGAACCACAGGAACAUCACAGAACCACAGGAUACUGGAGGUUAAGAAUGGAAGAGUGUGA